AUGGUCAGCGGCGAGCGCGCACAAAAGAUCCGCGCGUCGUUCCUUUUCGACGGGCACCAGGCGGCGGACAUGGAUAACCAGACGAUCUUUGACAUUGGUCGCGACGGCCUCAACGAGCUGCGCAAGAUGAACAAUAAAUUCAGCACAUACGCCAACACGCUCUUCUCCGAGGCGGUCAAGGACAUGGACCGUGUGCUGCAGACCAAGGAGGAGAACGAGAAGCUAGACAAGAGCAUCCAGGCGUUCCUCUUCCUUCUGGCGCCGUACUUCUUGACCAAGCCGGCGGGAAAGGCACUGGAGUGGCUGGUGCGGCGGUUUAGGAUCCAGGAGUUUAACGCCAAGGAUGUGCUCGCAGCCAUCAUGCCGUACCACGAGACAAAGGCGUUCCUGACAAUGCUCACGAUCAUCACGUUUAGCCCCGAGGACAUGGCGGUGUUCGGGUUCCUUGUGACGCAGAGAAAGGCGCGGCGGCUUUUGGACCGCGCAACCCUCCAGGCGCAGUGCCAGAUUGACCGCUCGGUGCUGGCGUUUAUGUGCCAGGCGGUGUUUCGCGCAAGCGCGCAGGCUUUGGACUACCCGGGCCUGCACUCAUUCUACGCCACGAUCGUCCCGCAGUACCUGGGCCAGCUGGGCCAGGUCGACGGCAGCACGGUGCAGUUUGUCCUGCCUCUUGUCAUGGACGGGCUCGCGCUGGCCAGCAGGGACGCGCAGGUCGCAGCGUAUAUGGUGCUUGGGGCGCUGGCCACGCGGGUGACGCUGACGCGCGACGCCACCGACCGCGUGCUGUGCGCGGUGGCGCAGCGGCCGGCGGACAUUGCCGCCAUGGCCAUGUGCCUGGUGCAGGUCAUGCAGACGCAG